CUGGAUGGAAAGUUAGGUUAAAACUAUGUAUUGGUUAAUGAGCGGUGAAUAUGUUUUCAAUUUUCUUUUACCGACAUACUUUUUUAAUUUUGAUAUUAAAAAUAUAUACUCAUAGUCUUGAAAACUAUUAUGUUUUUAAAAAUGGCCCACUGGAUUACUUGGAGAAAAGAUAUGGAUCAUUUCCUGAAUCUUUGAGGUUAGAACUUUUGGAAAAAGCAAGAGAAAUGUUUUACUUCGGAUAUAAUAACUAUAUAGAGCACGCAUUCCCUAAGGAUGAAUUAAAUCCAAUUUUAUGCACUGGAAGAGGACCUGAUUAUGACAAUCCGUCCAAUAUCAAUAUCAAUGAUAUUCUCGGUGACUACUGCCUAACCUUAGUCGAUGCCUUAGACACUUUAGCAGUCAUGGGAAAUAUUACCAGGUUUCAGCACGCCGUGUCUCUAGUUUUAGAACAUGUAGAUUUUGACAAAGAUAGUGUUGUCCAAGUUUUUGAAGUCAAUAUUAGAAUAAUUGGUUCAUUACUGUCGACUCAUCUCUUAAUGAUAGACAAGGAGGAACCUUUUGGUAAACUUGCGCCAGAUUGGUAUGAUGAUCAGCUGUUACAUUUGGCACAUGAUCUCGCUACAAGACUGAUUCCAGCAUUUGAAAACAGUUCUACAGGUCUUCCUCAGCCCAGGGUGAACCUUCGUCAUGGAAUGCCAGAAGAGCCGAUUACAAGCGAGACGUGCCCAGCAGGUGCAGGUUCACUCUUGCUUGAGAUGGGAAUUUUGAGCCGACUUCUCAAUGACCCUGUGUAUGAAGGUUAUGCUCGCCGUGCCAAUAAAGCCUUAUGGAACUAUCGUGCCAAAAAUACAGGAUUAUUAGGUAAUGUGAUAGAUGCAUCGUCAGGCCAAUGGGUCGGGCGACUUAGUGGACUAGGGGCUGGUUUGGACUCCUUCUAUGAAUAUCUACUCAAGUCGUACAUCAUGUUUGGGGAGACUGAGGACUAUCAUAUGUUUGCCCAUUUCUACCAAAGCAUUCAUGACCAUAUGCGGAGAGGCCGCCCUCAAUGCAAUAAAGGCAUUGGCGAUCAUCCCCUGUUCGUUAAUGUAGACAUGCACACCGGUUCAAUCCACACAACGUGGAUAGAUUCUCUGCAAGCUGCGUUUGCUGGAGUACAGGUACUGAAUGGUGAUAUUGAUGAGGCUAUUUGCACUCAUGCACUUUACUAUUUGAUUUGGAAACGCUUUGGGGUCUUGCCAGAACGUUGGAAUUGGAAAAGUUUGGCAGCUGAUGUGUCAUUCUACCCUCUCCGGCCCGAAUUGAUAGAAUCCACUUAUCUUCUAUACCAGGCGACAAAAAGUCCAUUUUACCUUCAUGUGGGCCAAGAAAUCUUGGAGAAUCUGAACCAGUUUACCAGAACAGAUUGUGGUUAUGCGACUGUACACAGCGUAUCUGAUAUGAGUCUUGAGGAUCGGAUGGAAAGCUUCUUCCUCAGUGAAACAGUCAAGUAUCUUUACCUUUUGUUUGAUAAGGACAACCAUGUGAAUAAGAACUUUGACAAGUACAUAUUUAGCACAGAAGGCCACAUCUUCCCUGUAGAAAGAAGAUUCAGAGAAAAACUGUGGUAUGAUGAAGACAAACCAGUUGUGCCUCUUUCACACUAUAACAUUACGGAGCCUACUUGUGAGUCAGUGGACAGUCUCAAGAAGUACUUUAUGCCACUGAAGAGCCAGUACCUGUUACAAGUCGGUGAAGCAAUUGGAAUCAGCGAGUACUGACAUAUCUGAGAUAUGCUGAUGGGUUUUAACUGAGAGCUAUAUAUUUUUCCAUGUUGUUAUAUUAUUUUUGUACUAUGAAAAGUCUAAUCAGAUACAGAAAAUUAUUUACUGUAUAUAUAUAUAUAUAU